AGCAGCGUUAGCUUGUUGCUCGUUAGCAGCGUUAGCUUGUUGUUUGUUAGCAGCGUUAGCUGGUUGCUCGUUAGCAGCGUUAGCUUGUUGUGUGGGUGUGUGAGGUGAACGUCUGAGGCUCUGCAGCAACAAUGUCUUCAGCUCAGUCUCUGAGAGAGUUUAUCAGAGAGCGGCUAACUGCUGCUGCUGCAGAAAUAUUUUCCGAGUUUGAACAAACCAUCGUCCGCUACGAGGAAGAGAUCGAUCGUCAGCGCAGACUGCUGGAGAUCAGGUGGAAACCACAGAUCAACUUACACAGAAUAGAACUCCCACUGCAUAAUGUCAGCAAGGAUGAGGAGGUUCUGACUGACCAGCAGCUCUGGAACCAGGAGAGGACCUCCAGUUUGGACCAGGAACAACCAGAACCUUUACAGGAGGGACCAGAACCUCCACAGAUGAAAGUGGAGCAGGAUGAGUCAGAACCUUUGCAGGUUCUAGAACAAGAGGAGCUCUGCAUGAGUCAGGAUGAAGAGCAGCUUGUACUGAAGCAGGAGACGGUUACCUCCCUUGUGACUCCUGCUGAUGAGGACAGAGACCACCAUGGACCAGAACCAGACAGACACCAGCUCCUUUUGUCACUGCUUCCUGAGGCUGAGACCAGAGCUGCUGCUCCUCCGGGGUCCACAGUUUCAAGGAAGAGAGAAGAGACGGAUGAGAAACCUCUGCUCUUACAUUUCCACAACCAUCAAAUGAAAGACGGAGGUGUCCCAACCAGCAGCUUGGCUGGGCAGAUGACAGCAAAAGUUGGUGGAGGAGCAGAAACUAUCAAGAACCUAGAUCUGGACCCUAAUGAAAAGACAUCCGAUUCUUCAGAGAUUGAAGUUAGUGGAGAAGAUGAAGAUGAUGUGAAUCUAGAUUCUGAGCGUUCAGACUCUGGGCCUGAAACUGGAAACGGAGACCAUGGCUGUAAUGAGAACAAGUCUUCGGAGUCAGAUAUUAAGACCAUCAACAAAUCAUUUAGCUGCCCUGUGUGUGGUAUACGGUUCCUCCACAAGUGGUCUCUUCAGGAACAUGUGAGAGUGACAAGUCAUUCAGCAGUAAAGUCGUCAGAGUGUUCGGUUAAUACAAAAUGUGUGAAAGAGAAGCAACGUGGAGGCUCAUGCAGAAAAGUCCAGAAACAACCAAAAUCAAUAAGGUAUGAGGACUGUGGAAAAAGAUUUAGCCUAAAGUCCAAAUUAACCUAUCAUAUGAAAGGCCACACCGGGGAUAAGCCUUUUGCCUGUAAGCUCUGUGGGAAAAAAUUUAGCCGUAAACAUAGUUUAAAAACACACAUGCGAGUCCACACAGGAGAGAAGCCUUUUGCCUGUGAGCUUUGUGGGAAAAGAUUUGGCCAUAAAAAUGUUUUAAACAAACACAUAACAGUCCACACAGGAGAGAAGCCUUUUGCCUGUGACGUCUGUGGGCAAAGAUUUAGCCGUAAGGCAUAUUUAAAUGGUCACAUGAGAGUCCACACAGGAGAGAAGCCUUUUGCCUGUGAUCUCUGUGGACAAACAUAUACCCGUAAACAUAAUUUAAACAGACACAUGAGAGUCCACACAGGGGAGAGGCCUUUGCCUGUGAGCUUUGUGGACAAAGAUUUAGCCGAAAGACAAAUUUAAAGAGACAUACAAGCAUCCACAGAAGACUCGAGGGAUUUAUUUAACAACAGUACUUCCAAAAGAUGGCGACGGUGGCACAGGAGUUAACUCAUUCACUGCCAUUGACGACUAAAGUCGUCAUUUUAGAUCCAACCGUUCACUGCCGAUGUCAUUUGCAUUUUUUUACUGUUUGAGCAUCGGAACGAGCCCCCACGCUGAGAGAACAAACAUCUCAGCCCUGAAGCCGAUCUUCAUCCGCAUACGUCACAGAUCACAUGAUCAGGAAGCAACACAUCCAUGUGUUAGGAGAUCGUUUUGGGCCGUUCCUGUAAAAAAAGUGAGGCGCGAACCGGAAAAGUGUCUGCCGAUCAUAAUUCGACAACGGAUUAUGAAAGAACGGAUAACGCUCGAAACACGCCGACUCUUCCUGAUGUAAGAGGUGAGUCUCCUCUUUGUUUUGGUUGUUUUGGCAUCGACAUUAUGCUAGCGCGCAACGUUCUGUGACUCUUAAAAAACUGUAAAAACUGUGAGAAACGCUGGCAGCGAAGGGCGUUAGUGAUCAGGAAACGGCUGGUAGUGAAUGAGUUAAGUGCUCACCCCGUAUUCGGAAGGUUGCAGGUUCGAGCCUCGCUCAGUCUGUCACUGUGUCCUUGGGCAAGACGCUUAACCCAUGUUGCCUGCUGGUGGUGGUCGGAGGGACCGGUGGCAUCCCUGCUCGGCAGCCUCGCCUCUGUCAGUGCGCCCCAGGACAGCUGUGGCUACAUCGUAGCUCAUUCCCGCCGGUGUAUGAAUAUGUGUGUGAAUGGGUGAAUGACUGAUUGUGUUGUAAAGCGCCUUGGGGGGUUCCAGGACUCUAGAAGGCGCUAAAUCAAAUACAGGCCAUUUACCAUUUAGUUUUUUUACAACCUUAAUAUUAGUCUUGUACCUCUGCUCAACUAUCAUUGAUCAAGUCCAUACUCUGUCCUUGAGCCACCUCUUUCGAUUUUCUUUUUCAAAUCUCCUUUGUCUUUUAAACUCAGACCUUACCCAAACAUUUGAGAUGUUCAUUCAUGAAUUCUGAAAAAUAUUACUUAAAGAUUAAGAAAAAACUGUUGUACCCUCCUGUAUUUAAGACACAGACAAGAUAACAGACACAUGGUGGUUGUAGUACAUAACCCACUGCAAUUUAAAGCUGUUAGAUACCGGUGGCGUCUGCUUUAAACAAUUUAUCUGUAUAUAAAAUAAUAGCAUACAAUGUUGUAAUAACUGCAGCUUAAAAAGAAUGUGUCUUUAUUCUUUUGGAGCCCCUAAGAAGAAAUCCCACCGUAAAGGCUAUGGAGAGACAGCUGGGACUGUUGUCAAGAAGUCAUAAAUUACAAGGCGGCUCUGUGGAGACUCCAUUCUCCUACAAUAGCAUUUUGCUAUUCUAAGCAGGCUUAGGAAUGUACCUGUACCAGAGUUUUUAGAGAUGCUGUUGCAGAGUUAUAAGCAGUGGACAGAUGCUGGAAAGACAGAACCACUUUUGGGCUGCAUGUUUCUCCACCGGUGUACUGAUGCUUGUAUUAACAUGGACUAGAUUGUAAUAAACCGGUUAUAUUUUUUUAA